AUGGGUUGUUGUGCUAGUAGUAACAGAUCUUCGUUGUCAACAACAAAGAGCAAUGAUUUUCAGGUAUCAAGAUCUAGCAUUUCUCAGGUGAAAGGCUCGGAAAACAGAGCACCCCCUCCUGUUCCAUUGGAAGAAGAAACCGUGAAGGAAGUGUUGUCGGAAACGUCAAAAUGGAAGAAAUAUGAAGGUGAAAAGCCAAAGUGUUUUGAGAAAUUUGAUAGAGAGAACAAGGUUGAGAAACCGUUCUACAAAGUCGAUGAGAUCUCUGAAUUCUCUGAGGUUUGUAGCUUAGGCGAAAGUGUGUCUACAGUCACUGAUAGGAGAGAAGAUGAAGAAGAAUUUCGCCAAAGGGUCAACGGAUCUCCCGCUAAAACACGCAAAAACCGUUCUUUUUCCGGUGAGAGAAGAGAGUGGACGGCGGGGAAGUCGCCGGCGAGAAGGUCAGAGCAGUCUCCGGUUAAAAGAAAUGCUGGGUCGGCAAGGAGAGAUCAAAUUGGAAAUGGGGGAGUCAGAAACAAUCUUCACCGGAGAGACGCCGGAGAAAACUCCGGCCGACGAUCUAGAUCACCGGCCACUCGCACUGACAACGGAUCAACGAGAUCCGUUGCGGGUCGAAGCUUAUCUGCAAGAAAAACUAACCAAUCGCCAGCUAAGGCGAGAACAUCCUCGCCGGUGAAUGGUUGCCGAAAAAUGGAGAAUUCAACAAUGGAGAAUAAAUGGCCAUCAACGGCAAAUGAGUCACUGGAAAACCCACUUGUGUCAUUGGAAUGUUUCAUCUUUCUCUAG